GAGACCUCAGCCAUGCGGAGCUGAUGAUGAUGACGAUCGCCGACAUCAUAAAACAGUUAAUUGAGGCUCACGAGCAGGGAAAAGAUGUGAAUCUGAACAAGCUGAAAACCAAGACGUCGGCCAAGUACGGGCUUUCGGCGCAGCCACGGUUGGUUGACAUCAUCGCUGCCGUUCCGCCGCAGUUCCGCAAGGUGCUCGUACCGAAGCUGAAGGCCAAGCCCAUCAGGACUGCUAGUGGGAUUGCUGUCGUGGCUGUGAUGUGCAAACCACACCGGUGCCCACACAUUAACUUCACAGGCAACAUAUGCGUGUACUGCCCAGGUGGACCUGAUUCCGAUUUUGAAUAUUCAACACAGUCUUACACCGGAUAUGAGCCAACGUCCAUGAGGGCCAUUCGAGCUCGAUACGACCCCUACCUCCAGACAAGACACAGAGUGGAGCAGCUGAAGCAGUUGGGCCACAGCGUGGAUAAAGUAGAGUUUAUCGUGAUGGGUGGAACCUUCAUGGCCCUGCCUGAAGACUACAGAGAUUACUUCAUCAGAAACCUUCACGAUGCCUUAUCAGGUCACACCUCCAAUAACGUGGCAGAGGCUGUCAG